CUUAAGAGAACUGAUUGUGCAGAAUGGCCCGGACCAAGCAGACUGCCCGUAAAUCCACUGGUGGCAAAGCUCCUCGCAAACAAUUGGCUACUAAAGCUGCCCGGAAGAGCGCGCCUGCCACUGGGGGAGUGAAAAAGCCCCAUCGUUAUCGCCCCGGCACUGUGGCCCUGCGAGAGAUUCGCCGUUACCAGAAAUCUACCGAACUACUCAUCCGCAAGCUGCCUUUCCAGCGCCUGGUGCGUGAAAUCGCCCAGGACUUCAAGACCGAUUUGCGCUUCCAGAGCUCGGCAGUUAUGGCUCUGCAGGAAGCUAGCGAAGCAUAUCUAGUUGGCCUCUUCGAGGAUACCAACUUGUGUGCUAUUCAUGCCAAGAGAGUCACUAUCAUGCCUAAAGAUAUCCAGUUGGCUCGGCGCAUCCGUGGGGAAAGAGCUUAAAGACCCCCUUUUGCAACCACUUAAAAACCCAACGGCUCUUUUAAGAGC